UAUCGAUUUCUUCCCCUUCUUCGUCCGCGCUUUAGCAAUCCAGUUUACUACGGACAGGAACAAACGACGUGGAUCCACUCGGGCCUCGACCUUUCUCUUUGGGUUUACAGAGCUCGCCCACUCCAUCACUCUCGCCCGACUGACCAUUUCCGUUGGUUCGCCUCCAUGGGAGGGCACGAUGAAUUUUACGACUGGGAGAUUCUCCUCUGCUCUGAGGCCGGAGAGGAUUCAAAGUCUUUUCAAGCUUCUUCAGAAGACAACUUCGAGGACGGUGCCAUCAAAUUCGACUACUUCGCGUUGAAUUCCGGUAAGUACGACCACAAAGAGGCUGAUGGGAGCACCCAUGCGGAGGAGGCGCAGGCCGAUUCAGAUAACCCUAGCUGGGUCGACCCUGAAUCCGAUUCUGGAUUCGUCGGCCUGACCAAGGGAGGGAUGGGUUUUUCGAGGAUCAGGAUGGAUGGAUUUAAACGAUCUCCUUUUGGUAGCGAAAAGGGGAGUGUCGAUGUCAACGAGGGUGGUGGGAAGGAUCUGGGCGUUGAGGGGAUUAGGGAGAUUGAGGCGAGAAGAAUGGUGAACAACGAUUCCGGUGAACUUGUAAAGAUCCGUGAUUCGUCAACGGAAUUGGACAGCCAAAAUAAUUGUUUGAAUAAGGCUAGUGGGGGAGAGAGGAGAGAGACGGUUUGGUGGAAGUUCCCCUUUCAGCUUUUAAAGUUCUGUGCUUUGAAGGCGAAGCCAGUUUGGUCGAUCUCUAUAGCUGCGGCCAUUUUGGGGUUUAUGAUGCUUGGAAAGAGGUUGUAUAGUAUGAAAGAGAAAUCUAGAAGUGUUCCUUUCAGGAUCAUCCUGGACGAGAAGAAAGCAUCUCAGUUGAAGAUCCAUGCAGCUCGUCUGAAUGAAGCUUUCUCUGUUGUGAGACGUGGCCCUAUCAUAAGCCCUUCGCUAGCUGCUGCUAGAUUGGACCCAUGGUCUGUGGUAAGCAUUCAGUGAGAUGAAUCUGAUCCAUGGACAGGUGGUUAAUUGGAUCACUAUAUGACGAUCCGGUUACAUUGUUGUCAAUAUGCAUACACUAUACAAUAAAGGUUGGAAAGUAGCUGUUGUUAUGGAAAUAUAUGCAUAUUCUGUAAGUUAUGCUGGCAUGUUUCAACUAGGCAUUAUUGUGUAUCGUCAGAGAUGGUCUCCAUUUUGAGAUCACUCAUCAAGUUAGCAACGGUGGUCCUGUGUAUAUCUGAAGUUGGAAUGUUUCAUCCAGAUAUUUCAAGAAUGUAAGCUAAAUUACCUCCUGCACGCAAA